UCUACCUACAAACUUAAAUUACCGCCCGAACUGGCGAAGGGACGUAUUCACCCUACGUUUCAUGUGAGCAGGCUUAGACGACAUGAAGGGAACGACGAUAAUCUAUUCCCUCAUCGUGAAUCCUACACUGCAUAUGACUUCGGAGAGCCGAAAGACGUUGAAUGGCUCGUCGAGGAAAUUAUGGCUCAUCGAUGGAAUAAAAAUGCGCUACAGCUACUUGUACGAUGGCAAAUAGGAGAGGCUACA